UACGUUCAAGAAAGCAUAUCUAGUUGGGGUCACAUUGAUAGCUCUCUCAAAAAUGCUAAGAGCAGAAGAUGAAGACGCUUCAGAACUCAAACUUGGAGACGAUUUUUUGAAGGCAAAGUGUCUAAUGAAUAGUGAGGUUGCCAUUCUUCUUGAGCACAGAUGUGAUCAGAUGAAGCAUAUGUCCGGCGAAUCAAUGCACCAACUUCCCCAAGUGUUGGAGAAAUCACUGCAGUAUGUUAAGCGCUUUAGUCGCUUCACGAAUCAGGGCUCUGUGAAGCAAGUUCGAGAAGUUCUCAGUAGAUACCAGUUGGCUGAAUUCGAGCUUGCUGUGAUUGGAAAUCUUUGUCCUGAAACUGUGGAGGAAGCCAAGGCAGUUGUGCCUUCUCUCAAGACGAAAGGACGUGGGCACGACGAUGAAGCCAUUGACAGACUGUUGAAUGACCUAAUGAUGAUUAAAAAGUUUGAGUGAAUAUUAUGUUUCACUGUUUUGGUGAUUUGAUUUUCUCAUCUCUUGGUGAAUACUAUGCUUAUUUCUACUUCAAGUUCAA